CACAUUCUUGAAAACAACUCUAUUCACCCCCCCCCUCUAGAGUUGCACAUUUGUCUAACAAUUUGUAUCGGAGCAGGUUGUUCUUUGAAUACGUUAUUUUUUCAGGAACUAAAAGAUCAAAUGGCAUCAAGGAUGUUCAACGCAGGAGUGACCGAGGGACAAUCAACCACGAGGCCACCUUUGUUCGAUGGAACAAACUACUCGUAUUGGAAGGAGAGGAUGAGAAUCUUUAUCCAAUCCAAUGACUACAAGCUGUGGUUGAUUGUGAAGAACGGCUGCGGAGUCCCGAUGAAGAAAGUCGGUGAAGUCAACGUCCCCAAAACCGAAGAGGAGUUCACCGACGAAGAUUGCAAAAAGAUGGAGCUCAACGCAAAGGCAAUAAACAUGAUUUAUUGCGGUGUUAAUGCGGAUGAUUACCGUAAAAUCUCGCGGUGUGAAACCGCAAAACAAAUGUGGGAGAAAUUGGAGGUCACCUAUGAAGGAACCGCGCAGGUUCGGGAGGCCAAAAUCGACCAUCUUACUCACGAGUACGAACUCUUCUCAAUGAAGGAAAACGAGAAGAUUGAAGAAAUGUUUGAGAGGUUCUCUAACAUCAUCAAUCCUCUCAAUCUUCUCGGGAAGACCUACACCGACCGAGAACUCGUGAGAAAGGUGCUGCGAAGCCUAUCCCCCAAAUGGCGUUCAAAGGUGGACGCAAUCGAAGAAGGUCGUGACUUCCAAACAACGACCUAUGAUGCUCUUCGAGGUAAUCUUAUUACCUACGAAACCACCCAAAUCUCAAAGGUGGUUGAAGAGAGGAACAAGAGGUCUAUUGCUCUACCCGCAACAACGUCAACCCACAAAAACAUUGAUGAUGAAGAUGAUGACAGCGACGACACCGACCUCGGACUCUUUGUCCGAAAAUUCAAGAAGAUGAUGCUCAAGAAGGGAGCCAAGAAAAACACUCCACCCAAGUGCUAUGGGUGUGGUGAAAUUGGGCACAUCAAACCAAUGUGUCCGAAGCUCAAAAAUGAGAAAGACAAGAAGGCACCGAAGAAGCAACGUUCUUAUGACGAUGAAGAAGAAAUCGUUAAGGAAAAGGAACCGGAAGAAGAGAAAACACAGGAACAAACAGAGCUUCCUAAGGAGUGGAGAACGUUGAAGAAUCACCCGAUUGACAACGUCAUUGGUGACAUAACGCAGGGAGUCUCUACUCGUGAAAUUACUGAAAACUUGGAUGAAACAUUCCAAGAUAAGAAAAUUUGGCGACUACUCGGGUUAGAUUCUCGUGACCUCAAGUUUAGAAACUCUAGCAACCCGAGUGUCAUCAACCUCACUUUGAUUCAACGUGUUCAACCAUACAUCUUUUCCUAUGUUUUGUUGCCUCGUGAUUCGAACCAUGGCGUUGUUAACAAGGAUGAUAUUCGUUUGUUUCACGUCCUGUUGAACAAUGUCGAAUUUGAUUGGGUUCACUUCUUUGUCGUUGCACUUAGUGAUGGUACUCGCUUUUCCCAUCUCCGUUUUGCCAUCCCGAUCAUGCAUAUCCUUGCUCGUAGCAAAGUGGAUUUUACUCGGGACACUCAGGUGCCGGUUAAGAAGACUUGUUUCAUCACUGAAGCCAAGUUUCUCCAGAUCGUAUACCGUGAGGAGGGCGAUGCUGCACCAAAUCUGGACCUGAUAGUCGCAGAAGAAGAAGAGAGCCAAAGCGAGACUCAAGCUGAGUCAUCUCAAGCCGGAGGAAGUCGAACCACGAAUCGCGUCACUCGUCAAUGCAAGACUCGUCCGAGAGAAGAAGCACCAGAACCUUCUUGGGUGAAGAGAAUCUUUGAUACUCUCACAUGCAUUCGAGACGACGUUCGCCAGCUCAACGAGAGGAUGAUUCGUUUCGAGCAUUCCCGCUCCUACCGUGGCUCGCGUCACAGCUUCAGCGGAGGAGCUCGUCCGGCGAACUCUCUUUGAUUUUUUUUCCCUUCUAUCUUAACUUAUUAUGAUACAUUGCUAUUUGCUAUUGUUGUUAUAACUCUUUUGGUGGAUGAUGAUGUUGCUAAUUAUGCAUUGUUUGUUGGUUUGACAAUUUGGUUUUGUGGCUAUUAGAAGUUUUUUUUAAAAGAAAACUCUUGCAAAAAU